AUGUUUUUAUUAGUGUGUUUAAUUUGUACAGUUACGGCGAUAGAGUGGGAAGCACCGUCGCCGUAUGACCCAGUGUGGUUUGCGAGUCUCCAGACCCAUGCGGCUGUACCGCCUUUAAACGAGACCCGAACAUGGUGGGGUUGGGUCAACGACCAAGAUGUGAUGUUUAGAUUAUUUACAAGACGAAAUCCUUACGAGUACCAAAUGCUUAAAAUAAAUGAUUCAUCAUCGUUACGCAAUUCGAAUUUUAAUUUCGAAAACAAGGUGAAAGUCCUCACUCAUGGCUGGCUGAACCAUGGUGACAGUCCUAUGCCAGAAUCCAUCAAGGAAGCCUAUUUAAAUGUUAGUGAUAUAAAUAUAAUAGUAGUGGAUUGGGGAAAUGCAGCUAAUGUGAAUUAUAUCCUAGCGAGUUACAACGUCGCGAUGGUCGGCCGCGUCCUAACUCAGUUCCUAAAUUUUCUUAUAAAUGAAGGCGUGUCCAUGGAUGAUGUACACCUCAUUGGACAUAGUCUAGGAGCUCACGUCGUUGGUAUUGCUGGAGCGUACGUGAAGCAAGGGCCAAUAGACACGAUUACAGGACUCGAUCCAGCAUUGCCGCUCUUCACAGUAGGGAAUAAGGACGCGAGGCUUGACAAACAUGAUGCAAAGCAUGUGGAGGUGAUACACACAUGCGGAGGUUAUCUUGGCUUCGCAUCACCUCUUGGGCAUAUUGACUUCUAUCCUAACGGUGGAACACGACAGCCUGGCUGUGGGUUCGAUUAUAGAGGCCUCUGCGCCCACAAUAGAGCGCAUAUGUUCUUUGCGGAGUCCAUAAUAUCGGACGGAGCAUUUACCGCAGUGCGAUGCCGGGACUACGACGAGCUGUAUUACCAGGGAUCGUGCAAGGGCACCGGGGAAACGCUCGUCAUGGGCGGGUUCAAUAUUCAUUACGGGAAAGACGGAAUCUACUACCUGAAAACGAAUUCGGAACCUCCCUACGCAAUAAGCAACUCCAUUUCCCGAAUCCCAGUGUUGCCAACUUCGUAA